CCAGCCAAGAUGUAUGCCGUCUACAAGCAGGCUCACCCUCCCACCGGGCUGGAGUUUUCCAUGUACUGCAAUUUUUUCUCCAAUUCUGAGCGCAACUUGGUGGUGGCUGGAACCUCUCAGCUCUACGUUUACAGGCUCAACCAAGACUCUGAGACCUCGACAAAAAAUGACAGGAACACAGAGGGCAAAGGCCACAAGGAGAAACUGGAGCUGGUCGCUGCCUUCUCCUUCUUUGGCAAUGUCAUGUCCAUGGCCAGCGUACAGCUGGCGGGAGCCAAGAGAGACGCCCUCCUGCUCAGCUUCAAGGAUGCUAAGCUCUCAGUGGUGGAGUAUGAUUCGGGCACCCAUGACCUCAAAACUCUAUCCCUUCAUUAUUUUGAAGAACCGGAGUUGAGGGAUGGCUUUGUGCAGAACGUCCACAUCCCCAAGGUGCGGGUGGACCCCGAUGGGCGCUGCGCGGUGAUGCUGAUCUACGGCACGCGGCUGGUGGUGCUGCCCUUCCGCAGAGACACGCUGACGGACGAGCAUGAAGGGGUCAUGGGUGAAGGGCAGAAGUCCAGUUUCUUGCCCAGUUACAUCAUCGACGUUCGGGAGCUGGACGAGAAGCUGCUCAACAUCAUCGACAUGCAGUUCCUGUAUGGCUACUACGAGCCCACCCUGCUCAUCCUCUUUGAGCCCAACCAGACCUGGCCAGGGCGGGUGGCAGUGCGCCAGGACACGUGCAGCAUCGUGGCCAUCUCCCUGAACAUCAUGCAGAAGGUCCACCCGGUCAUCUGGUCCCUCAGCAACCUGCCUUUCGACUGCACGCAAGCCCUGGCCGUGCCCAAGCCCAUCGGUGGUGUUGUGAUUUUUGCGGUGAAUUCGCUGCUGUACUUGAACCAGAGCGUGCCCCCUUACGGCGUCUCUCUCAACAGCCUCACAAAUGGAACCACAGCCUUCCCACUAAGGGUCCAGGAGGCAGUGAAGAUCACGCUGGACUGUGCCCAGGCGACCUUCAUCUCCUAUGACAAGAUGGUGAUCUCGCUAAAAGGCGGGGAGAUCUACGUGCUGACCCUCAUCACCGACGGCAUGCGGAGUGUCCGAUCCUUCCAUUUUGACAAGGCCGCAGCCAGUGUCCUCACUUCUUGCAUGGUCACCAUGGAGCCUGGCUACCUCUUCCUGGGCUCCCGCCUCGGCAAUUCCCUCCUCCUAAAAUACACGGAAAAGCUGCAGGAGGCCCCCAUGAGUCUCACCAAGGAUGCCACAGAGAAGUUGGAGGAGCCUCCAGUCAAGAAGAAACGGCUGGAGCAGUCAGUGAACUGGGCUGGGGGGAAGUCAGCCCCGCAGGACGAGGUGGAUGAGAUCGAGGUGUACGGCAGCGAAGCCCAGUCUGGGACUCAACUUGCCACCUACUCGUUUGAGGUGUGUGACAGCAUCCUGAACAUUGGUCCUUGUGCCAACGCUGCCAUGGGGGAGCCCGCUUUCCUCUCUGAGGAGUUCCAGAAUAGCCUAGAGCCUGACCUGGAAAUUGUGGUGUGCUCUGGCUACGGCAAGAACGGCGCCCUUUCAGUUCUGCAGAAAAGCAUCCGCCCGCAGGUGGUGACAACAUUCGAGCUCCCAGGCUGCUAUGACAUGUGGACAGUGAUCUCGCCCCAGAAGAAAGAAGAGGCGGCUCAGGAGGAAGAGGCUAAAGAGGAAAAUGCAGAGAAAGAGCCUGCCCUGCCGGAGCCAGAAGAUGACGGGAAGCGGCACGGCUUCCUUAUUCUCAGCCGCGAAGACUCCACCAUGAUCUUACAGACUGGCCAGGAAAUCAUGGAGUUGGACACGAGCGGUUUUGCCACGCAGGGGCCCACGGUGUACGCUGGCAACAUCGGCGAGAACCGUUACAUUGUCCAGGUGUCUCCUCUGGGCAUCCGCCUGCUGGAAGGAGUGAACCAGCUUCACUUCAUCCCUGUGGAUCUCGGCUCGCCCAUCGUGCACUGCGCCGUGGCUGACCCCUACGUGGUGAUCAUGAGCUCCGAGGGGCAGAUCACGAUGUUCGUGCUGAAGAGCGACACCUACGGGGGCCGGACGCACCGCCUCACCUUGCAGAAGCCGCAGCUGCACCACCUAUCGAAGGUGAUCGCGCUCUGUGUGUAUCGGGAUGUCAGUGGGAUGUUCAGCACGGAGAGCCAGUCGUCCAGCUCACGGGACGAGCUUUCCUUGAGGAACCAGUCGGAAACCGAGACGCCUAUCCAAGACAUCAGCAAUACGGUGGAUGAUGAGGAAGAGAUGCUCUACGGGGACUCAAGCUCGCUGUUCAGCCCUAGCAAGGAGGAGCCGCGCCGCUGCAGCCUGCCCUCAGCUGAUAGGGACCCCCACCAGUACAAGGCGGAGCCCACCCACUGGUGCGUGGUGGUGCGGGAAAAUGGCGCCAUGGAGAUCUAUCAGCUGCCUGACUGGCGCCUGGUCUUCCUGGUGAAGAACUUCCCCAUGGGGCAACGGGUGCUGGUGGACAGCUCCUUUGGGCAGCACGCCACCCAGGGCGAGGCCAAGAAGGAAGAGGUGAUGCGGCAGACCGAGAUGCCACUGGUGAAGGAGGUGCUGUUGGUCGCCCUGGGGAACCGGCAGAGCCGCCCAUACCUGCUGGUCCACGUAGAUCAGGAGCUGCUCAUCUACGAAGCCUUUAACCACGACUCCCAGAUGGGCCAGAGCAACCUGAAAGUGCGCUUCAAGAAGGUCCCCCACAACAUUAACUUCCGAGAGAAGAAGCCACGGCUGUCCAAGAAGAAGCCCGAGAGCAUCGGCGGGGAGGAGUCGGGGGCUGCCCGGGGCCGGGUGGCCCGCUUCCGCUACUUUGAAGACAUCUACGGCUACUCCGGGGUGUUCAUCUGUGGCCCCUCUCCUCACUGGCUGCUGGUGACUUCUCGGGGGGCUCUGCGCCUCCACCCCAUGACCAUUGAUGGCCCCAUUGAGUCCUUCGCCCCCUUUCACAACAUCAACUGCCCCAAGGGCUUUCUGUACUUCAACCGGCAGGGGGAAUUGCGCAUCAGUGUCCUGCCUGCCUACCUUUCGUACGAUGCUCCGUGGCCCGUCCGGAAGAUUCCAUUGCGGUGCACCGUGCACUACGUCGCGUAUCACGUCGAGUCCAAGGUCUACGCUUUGGCCACCAGCAUUAACAACUCUUGUAGUCGGAUCCCUCGGAUGACAGGAGAGGAGAAGGAAUUCGAGACCAUUGAGCGAGACGAUCGCUACAUCCACCCUCUGCAGGAGGCCUUUUCCAUUCAGCUGAUCUCGCCAGUAAGCUGGGAGACCAUCCCAAAUACCAGGAUUGAUCUGGAAGAGUGGGAGCACGUGACGUGCAUGAAGACGGUCUCCCUGAAGAGCGAGGAGACGGUGUCGGGGCUGAAGGGCUACAUUGCUGUUGGCACCUGCCUCAUGCAAGGAGAGGAAGUCACUUGCCGGGGGCGGAUCUUGAUCAUGGACAUCAUCGAAGUGGUUCCGGAGCCCGGGCAGCCCCUUACCAAGAACAAGUUCAAGGUCUUGUAUGAGAAGGAGCAGAAGGGCCCCGUCACUGCCCUCUGCCACUGCAACGGAUACCUGGUGUCGGCCAUUGGCCAGAAGAUCUUCCUGUGGAGCCUGAAGGACAACGACCUGACGGGCAUGGCCUUCAUCGACACGCAGCUCUACAUCCACCAGAUGAUCAGUGUCAAGAACUUCAUCCUGGCCGCUGACGUGAUGAAGAGCAUCUCUCUGCUUCGCUACCAGGAGGAGAGCAAGACUCUGUCGCUCGUCAGCCGGGAUGCCAAGCCCCUGGAGGUUUACAGCGUGGACUUCAUGGUGGACAAUGCCCAGCUGGGAUUCCUGGUGUCUGACAGGGACAGGAACCUCCUGGUCUACAUGUACCUGCCAGAAGCCAAAGAGAGUUUUGGUGGGAUGCGGCUCCUCCGCAGAGCCGACUUCCACGUUGGCGCCCACGUCAACGCCUUCUGGCGGACGCCGUGCCGCGGGGCCAUGGAGGGCCCCACCAAGAAGUCCAUUGCGUGGGAGAACAAGCACAUCACCUGGUUUGCCACACUCGAUGGGGGGAUCGGGCUGCUGCUCCCCAUGCAAGAGAAGACCUACCGGCGCCUCCUGAUGCUGCAGAACGCCCUGACUACCAUGCUGCCCCACCACGCCGGACUCAACCCUCGGGCCUUCAGGAUGCUGCACAUGGACCGGCGCAUCUUGCAGAACGGCGUGCGGAACGUCCUGGACGGGGAGCUGCUCAACCGCUACCUCUACCUCAGUACCAUGGAGCGCAGCGAGCUGGGCAAGAAGAUUGGUACCACGCCCGACAUCGCUGAACAGUCCCAGUUCCCGCAGCCUUUCUUCCUACGGCUUAGUUUAGACGAUGAAGAGCACAGCUCUACAUUCGCCUCUAAAAGGCAAACGAUGGUCCCGCUGGCCCCGAUGCUGUGGCCGAGGGGUGCGUCUGUGUAA